CAACUCAAGUUUAUUCUUGAUAAUCAAGUAAGGGCAAAAGAAAAUCAUGAAGAGUGAUCAAAAGUCAACGAGAAUGACUUUAGUUCGUCGAGUUUCUGAUUUAUUCAGAGAAAAAAACAACAGUGGAUCACCACGAUUAUUUAAUCAUUCAUCAAUGGAAAAAUUACGUCAUUGCUGUCAAAAUCUUAAUUUAUUUCCAUAUCUACUUUAUUCACUUGAAAAUGCCAAAAAUAAUCAACUUAAUUUUGGUCAAUUAUUUCGAAUAAUUAGUGAAAGAAUAUUUCUUUUUUAUGUCAAUAUACGUCAGCAUAAUUUAUAUGGUUUACGAUUAAUAUCUGAUAGUAAAAAAAUUCAAUCAGAUAGCCAAAGUAGUAGUAAAAAAUGUGUAAUACAAAAAUUUUCAAAAUUUCAAAUUGAAAAACGUAAAGAAAAUUCAUUACUUAUUAUAUUAGCUGUUUAUCUUGCACCAAUUUUAUUGGCAUUUCAAUUAAUUGGUAUUGUUACAUUAAUUUUAUUUGGUGAAUAUACACCUGGUUUUCUUUUUCUAUUUUUUUCUAUCAUUUUUUUGGGCUAUAUUUCAAUGAAAAUUUUUACUAGAGAUACUACAAGCCAAGAUAAUAAACAAAAACUAAAAUAAUCAUUUUUUUUUCUACAUCAUUAUAAGAGUCUGAAAGAAAUUUUAAUUUGCUCAUUUGUCAUUUAAAAUAGUAUGCAUUAUUCAUCAGCAUUUAUUGUGUUUAUUAUAAUUUUUUUUAUGUUAAGCAAUUUUCUCUAAACAUGCCAUAUCAUAAAUUAUAAAUUUUAAGCUCAUUUAAUUCUUUGAAAGAUAAUUAUUUAAAAAAAUAAAAAUUACAACGACAAUAGUUUUAUAGAAUAAAUAGUAAUAUUAAAUUUAUACUAAUUUUAUGUAUAUUAAACAUUACUUACUAUUACUUACUAAGAAAAAA